GCCACCACACCUCCCUCCCUCACAGUCGAGUCCAGUAAACUCCAAUCCCGCACAUUCCAGCGCACCCAGAGUCCAGAACACAAAAUGCCCCGAGAAUACGCCCCCCGCUCCACGAAGCGGAAAACCCACGACUUCGACGACCACCACGACGACAACUCCGCUCCCCAGCACGCCCACGCGCGGAAGAAGAUCACCCUCCCGAAGAAAGAACACAAAUACCCGUCGGUCAACGAGCUAAAGAAACGUAUCCGGGAUGUGAAGCGGCUGCUCAACAAGGCGGAUCUGCCCGCGGACGCGCGCAUCGUGCAGGAGCGCGCGCUGUCGGGGUACGAAAAGGAUCUGGAGGAUGAGCUAAAGAGACGCGAUCGGUCGAAGAUGAUUAAGAAGUAUCAUUUUGUGCGGUUUUUGGACCGCAAAACCGCCACCAAAGAAAUCUCCCGCCUGCAACGGUUGGAAAAAGAAACCAACGCCUCCACCACUUUAUCCGCCUCCACCAAGACGCAGAAACUGGCCUCUCUGGCGGAGAAACUGCGCGUCGCGCGGGUGAAUCUCAAUUACACGAUUUACUACCCGCUGGCGGAGAAGUACAUUGCUCUUUAUGCGGCGGAGGGGCGGAAGAAGGAGGAGGAUAAGAAGGAGAAGAAAGAUAAGAAGAAGGCACAAGGGGAGGAGGACGACAGUGAGGGUGAGGGUGAGGGCGAGGGUGAGGGCCGGACUAGACACAUCCACAUCCAUGCGACGCUGGCGGACAAGCCGGCGAUGUGGCAUGUUGUGGAGAAGUGUAUGCGGGAGAAGACGUUGGAUUUGUUGCGGGAGGGGAAGUUGGAUGGGGCUGGGAAUAGUGCGAGUGCGAGUGUGGGUGGAGAGGGGAAGAAGGAGAAAGGUGGAGAGAAGAGUGGGAAGAAGAAUCGGGAGGAGAAGCCCGAGAAGGCUCGGAAGACGACGGACGAUCACCGGAAGAAGGCGAAGACGUCUGCUACUGCUGCUGCUGCUGCUGCUGCUGCGAAGGAUACCAAGAUGCAGGACGAUGGGGACGACAGUGACGGUGGUUUCUUCGAGAUGUGAUAUCCUCUAGAUAUCUAGAGAUGUCCCCUGGGCCGGUCCAGCGUGCUGCGAUGUGAUGAUGCAUUUCCGGAGUUGGUUGUUUAUUCCACUAUCACUAUCGUCUUCUGAACAGUGUAGGCUAUUGCCAC